GGCGGCGGGCGCCGGUCUAUAUGGCGGCGGCGUUUUCGGGCCUGGCUGUCCGCCUCUCGCGCUCGGCCGCCGCCCGCUCUUAUGGGGUCUUCUGCAAGGGGCUGACCCGCACGCUGCUCAUCUUUUUCGACCUGGCCUGGCGGCUGCGCAUCAACUUCCCCUACCUCUACAUCGUGGCUUCCAUGAUGCUCAACGUACGCCUGCAGGUUCAUAUUGAGAUCCACUGAAGGCCUUCCACUGACUGACAGACGUGUCGUCGGGCUCACCACGUCGGAGGAUACACAGCAUGAGGGACAGAGUGGGGGCUCCGGGCACCUGCCUCGGGAAGGUGCAGGGGGCCAG